AUGGCGGGGCGCGCUCCUUUCGCGCGCGCAUGCGCUCUGGAUGUCUGCGCGCGCGCUCUGCUCCUGGGGCUGUGCGUUGCUUUGGCGGCGACCAGAUGCCAAGCAGGUGCGACUGUCUCCCUAGCUUGGAUCAUCCGCGCCAAUAUCAACGCGACCAUUACUCAAGGCGACACAGUUGUGUGGGAGUGGGGGGACUCCUUCGCGCACACUCUUCAGCAGACCGGCAUCCAGGACCCUCAUAUUUUCACCGGACCAGGAACCGGGGGAUGUGGACCGGGCAACAACAAGACUCAGCCGUUCACUUACAAGAUGACGGUUAACCAAACCGGGAGGUUCACCUAUAACGACGGGUGUAACCCAGAGACGACGAGUCUCGGGAUUCUUUGGGUACUGCCUCGACCGGUCAAGGGCCCCGUUCCGCCGACCGACGUCACCAUCUACAAUACCACGGACACCCCCCCUCUCUGGAACUCCACGACAGUCAUUCUGCCCCCGCCCCCGCCGGCGCCUCCCGCCGCCGCGCCGGCCCCCGCGCCCGCACUCGCGCCCAUGGCCGCGCCGCGCGCGUUUGCCAACCUGACCGUGCGCCUCAACAGCUCCAACGUAACGCUCGGCGGGCUGGCCCACGCGCCGUUACCGUCCGGCGCGCUCACUAACUUGCGGAUCGUUGAAAACGUCCCAGUCGUCGAAAACGGCGCGGCUGCCGCGGGAAGAGCCCUGGCGAUUGUCGGCAUGGCCGCCUUGAUUGUUGCCCUUCUUGGUUGA